AUGGGUCGAAAAAAGAAAACCAAAAUAUGUGACAAAGUGUCACAUGGGGAAGCAGAUAGGAUAAGCCAAUUACCGGAACAUUUGAUAUGUGAAAUACUUUAUCAUCUUCCUACCAAGGAUGCUGUUAGAACCAGUGUUUUGUCUACCCAAUGGAGAUAUCUUUGGCUAUCGGUUCCUGGAUUAGACUUAGAGCCAUUCUCAAAUUCCAAUACCCUUUGUAGUCUUGUUGAGUCGUUUUUUGAUUUCCACUGGGAGUCGUGUAUACGCAAAUUCCGGGUCAAUUUCGUUCGUAAUAAUGGCAUGGAUUAUUGUCCCACCCAAUGGAUUGAUGUUGUGAUUAAGAGUAAGAUUCAGCAUCUUGAUGUUUGUUGUUUGCAGAUUCUUGAUCAGAUACCCCCGAGCAUAUAUACUUGUGAGAGACUAGUACACUUACGACUCUAUUGGGCUUUCUUACCAAAUGCCGAGUUUGUUUGCUUACCUUGUCUGAAGAUCAUGCAUUUAGAACAUUUUCGCUAUCCCAAUGAGGCCACGUUGGAGAAACUUAUCUCAGGCUCUCUAGCUCUGGAGGAUUUAACCAUCAUCAAAACGUCAAGGGAGAGUAAAGAUAAGGUACAAGUGCGCUCUCAUACACUGAAGAGAAUCCGUAUCGAUUACUCCACGCAAGUUGUGAUUGAUGCACCUCUACUCCAGUGUCUGAAGACUAAGGUUUACUUGACAAAGAACUUUGAGAUCCUCAAUUCUGGUUUCUCUGGUAAACUAGAUAUUGAUUCCGUAAAGGAAUAUAGAGAAGGCAUGAUUUGCGAUAUCCUCACCGAUGUCACCGAUACUUGGAGGGUCAAGGAUCUAGUUAUUAGUAACCUUAUUUGGAAGAUAUUUCAAUACUUUAAAUCGGGACCAGUGCUUCAGUUUCGUGACCUAUCCCGCUUGAAUGUUAAAUUUUCUAAAUCUGAUCUUGAAAUGUUGCCAAUCCUUCUUGAGAGCUGCCCAAAACUAGAAUCUUUCGUAUUGGAAUUGGUCAAGGGCCAAUACAUGUUUCGUGAGAAGAAAGAUCCAAAGGUGAUGUUUUCAACAGUGCCUCAGUGUUUGGUAUCAUCGCUAAAGUUUGUGGAAUGGAAACGUGCGUUCUCAUUGCUUGAUGCUUAUUAUACCGAAAAAGCUAAGUGUGCCCUCCUUCAAGAACUCCUUGCAAUGUCAAGAUGCUCUAGCAUUUGUCAAAUCCAUUAUUCUUUCAUUCCUAGGAAAAAAUCUAUUGAAUAUUUCGUUGGUUGA